GCUGUCGACCACCGUCGUCUGCUCUGCCGCUGAAGUCUGAUUGAAUACCGACUUCUCUCAUAAAAAUAAUGUCUGACUCCGAGUGCGAAUCCGUUGUCGGCGCGCACGUCGAGGCUGCAGUUGCUGCUGCAAAGAAGAAACAGACGAGCAAAAGGAAGUCCAGCGCCGCAUCGACCAGUUCAAGCAGCGCACCAAGAGCGCAGAAGAAGAAACUGCACACGAUUGAUAUUUUCGGGUUGUGCAACGACGAGGACGAAGUGUUGGCGCAGAACAAGACGCUGCCAUCCUUCGUCGUAAACCGCGUGGCCAACGGGAACCAGCGACGUGUAGCAAACACGUCGGGCGACUUUUACGUGGAGGUGAAAGUUUACGCGCGGCGUGACGCUGAGGACGCGCCGAAGGACACCCGCUGGACCAAGGCCUUGCUGCGGCUCAACACCUACGUGGAAGACGGGUCGCCGCAGUGGAAGUUGCUGCAUCGAUUUGUGAAGGAGGCGAGCAACCUCUUCAGCGACAGCACGCCGUCGUUUUAUAACCCGGAUACAAUUAAAUUUAAAGAAGCAUAACCUUUUUAAUAAUCUACAUCUAAUAAAAUAUAUUUUUUCCUAGUUAUUCCCGUUAUUAUUAUUGUUUUGUUUAAUAUAGCUGAAUUAUUAAAUUGGUAAAGGUAAAAGUAAAAUUAGAGUAGGAGUAGGUAAAGGUAUAAGGUAUAACUAUAAAGGUAAGGCAAGGUAAGGUAAGGUAAGGUAAGGUCUAAUGGUCUUAUUUUAGUUCGAUUUUUUAAGUAGAUAGUUCCUAUGAAAGUUGCUUUUAGAUUCAGUACUUGCAUUUUUAACCUUAUACUGUACGUCUAGUACAGGAUUUGCAAUUUUUUAAAACUAUAAAAGUUUACUUUUUCUUCUGUCAUCUGCAUACAUUAUUUGACAAAAGUUGCAUGAUAGUUUCCUCUAGAGCCGUCACUUUGUAUGCGAGAAAACGUAAACUUUUAUAGUUUCUAACAAACCCGUACUAGACCCACUUACCUCAAACCUCUCGUUACGUCCCUGUUAGCUAGAUUAUAUUUUUAGUUAGUUAAUUCAACAGAUUACAAAAUGCCAUAUUGCACAGUAUGUAAAGUAAACGUUGAAAAGAGAAAGUGGAUUGGACAUUUGCGAAGUAAUUUACAUAAGACCAACGAGUUAGUUAUUGAUACAAAUGAUGGUGUACAUAUAAUUCAUUCCGCUUUUCAAAGUAGAAUUGUCACUUACAGAAUAGUUGUGCCCGAGGGUGAGGAGCUUUAUUCUACGUCUUUAUUUUUCAUGAACAUAAAAAAUAAAGUAAAAUCGCUUUUAGAUCAAUCACUUCAAAAACAUACUUGUAUCAAAGUAAACUUUGAAUUUUAUGCAAAUUUUAUAAUGAUGAGUAAUGAUAAUCAAGAUAUAAAAUCUUUUGCUACCCAAAAUAUUCCUCUUCAUUUUAAUUACGAUUUUAAUAAAUAUUUCUCCGAAAUUGAAAAUAUUUUGAUUAAGAAAAUGGAAUCGUUUCAGCAAAGGGAUUCUGGUUGGUCAUUUUUGAACAACUGUCACAUUGAUAUAAACAUUAAUAAAUAUGAAGCACUAAGCGGGUCCAAAUACAUAGCUCUGCCUAAAUUAAUUAAGAACAAAAAAGCAUGCUUAAAUAUUCGAAACAAUGAUGAGUACUGUUUUCUCUGGUGUGUUAUGGCGGCUUUGAAUCCAACAAAGACUCAUCCUGAGCGCGUAUCAUCGUAUCCACACUUUCAGAAUGUGUUGAACACCAAAAACAUGAACUUUCCAAUUAGUUUCGCAGACAUCUCAACUUUUGAGAAAAAUAAUCCUAAUAUUGCGAUAUUUGUCUAUGGUUUAAAAGACAACAAAAUUGAGGGACCAUUAUACCGAUCUGAAUCUGAUGGUAUUAAUCACAUUAAUUUAUUGCUAAUCGAAAACGAAAAUUCAUCUCAUUACUGUUUGAUUAAAAAUCUAUCUCGCCUUGUGAGAAGCCAAAUUACCAAGCACCACGGAAAUAUAUUCUUUUGCGAUGUAUGCUUCACAUUUUUCCGAUCACAAGAAGAGUUGAACAAUCAUGUUUGCGGUGAGCCGACCUAUUUUUUACCAGAAAAAGGCUCAUUUGUCCAAUUUAAAAAUUAUGAAAAAAAACA